GUGUCCACGGGCCCCUUUUGACCUCGUGCCCAUGGCCCCCCUACAGCAGCCGUCGGGACUUCACAGUUUUGGCCGUAACUUUCGCAUCCGGAGUCCGUUUUGACGUUCUUUAGCUCGUUGAGUAGCUAUUGACAUCCCCCUUCCAUCUAGAUAGGUUUCCACACCAUUUGACUCCAUCAAAAUUUUGACAUUUUGGCAUCUUUCCCUAGGCCUUCCACCAUAUCAUCCGCAAAACCACCAUAGCUUUCCGCAACCUAACCCAUUUCGCUCCAUAUAGGAUUUGUGGUUGCUUGAGUAGUGACUUGGGUCUCCUAAGGUGUUUCGGCUACUUAGGGACGGUUGCUUCUUCAUCAACCACCACCACGACUUCCGCAUUGCAAUCUCCGUUACCACCACCGCAUGUCCGCUACCACCAUUUGACAUUUGAGAUUUUGAGUUUGCGGUUUUUCCGUUUCUUAAGGUGUUUCGGCUACUUAGGAACAGUUCAUCAUCGAGCACCGCCACUCAUCAUCGCCAAGGACGGUAACCUCGACGACACCAUUGUACAUAUUCCUUGCCUUUGCAUUGAUAGCCCCGAGCCUAUUGCGUACCUUACCUAUCGAGACUAGCGAGUUGAGAAUUGCCGAGCCACGCUAUUUGUGCACCUUAGUGAUAUGCUUACGCCGCAUAGCUAGUUUUAGCGUGCAAUCAUAUUGCUAUCAUCAUUGUGCCAUAAGUCUCUCCCGUGCAUAUCUUACAUACUUGUCUCAUAUCAUACUUGGCUCGAGCAUCAAGCAUAUCCAAAAAUAAAGAGCAAAAAGCUUUUAAGCAAAAGAGGAGAUACAAAAGAGCUUGUAAGCAAUAGAAAUAGCAUUGAGCCAUUUUGCAUAGUACAUACACUUGGAGCUUACAUACAUAGCAUACUUGGGAUUGAAGACGGCACGUUUACUCUCAUAGGUUGGUGCACAAGCGUAUCUUGCCCAUUUGAGCAAUCAAGCUAGCGUCUCUCUAGAGUUGUGCAACAAGAGCAUUUUCCAUGGAUUCCACAUUUUGAGCUCGUUCCUUGGUUGCACAACCCCAUCUAUCUAUCCGUGUGUGUGUUUCCGUGUGUCAUCCAUAGCUUUGAUCUAUUUGCUUUACAUUGCAAUUUUGUGAAUCUUCCUCAACAUUUUCAAUAUCUUGGACUAACAUUUGCUUGAAUUUUGUGCCACUUGUCCUAACCAAGCCACUCGAUAAGCUUUAAUUUGUAGGUGUGAGUGAACAAGUCCGGUACCAAUUCCACUAUUAUCUCAUAUCACAUUGAGUGACACGAGAUACAUCCUCAACUUUGGGAAACAGUAUUUUGGUAUUGUUUAUCUCAUUCCCUACUCACCUCUACUCGAGUCUUGUGAUGGAUAGGCAAAGCACAACAUCUUCGGUCCUCAACCGCAUUGAGCAACUCGCCAUCGACAUACGACAAACCGAAGCAAGGAAGAGGGACUACCUCGACGACAAGUUGGACGAGCACAUGGAGGAUAUCCGACACGUGUUAGCCGACUACAAGUCUUCUUCCCCCUCGUCAUCUUCACGGCGGAGACGCUCAAGUCGCACACCUUCGAAGCAGCCACACGAUGCAAGUACCACGCGGCACCGUCAUCAUCUUCGAGACGCCCGCCAAGACCAUGAAGAGUGACCUUCGGGACGAGAGUUGGUUUCUCUGCCACCCCCAUGCACACGGGCUCUACAGAACAGCACCAUCGACCCCAAGGUUGCGGCUUCAUCACCAACUUCGGCAUCUUCGCCAAGUGCUAUCACGGCAUCUUCGCCUUUGGACGUACGGCAUCUUCGCCUACUUCCCACGAGCACGCCUACUUCGACAUCAUCAAAUCCAAGGCAAUCACCUACGAGCGAGGGCGACACUUCCAUCUUCGGAAGCCCCUCAAGGAAGAUGGUCGAGCAUGGGACAUUCCCUUCAGUCAUGGAGAAGAGCUACGAGGUGCCACAUCAUAUGGGCCUCUUACAAGACGGCGACAAGACGGUCGAGCAAGGGCCAUCCCCUUCGACUACGGCGACGAGCGCAAACCCCUUCAACAACAUGAAGACGGCGCCCCAAUGGGACUCAUACUCCGAGUCUAGCUACGACACCGCACAUGAGACAUUAUCCUUGGUCUCGGAGGAGCAUGAUGAUUUACCACUUUCUGCGGCAUUCAUCUUUGGAGACAUUUGCACCUACAUCUCUCCGAAACCCACAUAUGACGAGAUGCCCCAAUUACCAUGUGAGGAGAGCCACCCCACCAUGAGUGAUAUGAGUGACUCCACCAUAUAUGACAUUGAGAGCAUUUCCUAUGAGACGAUGAGUGUGACCACCACUAGCCCCACACAUGAGUUUAUGCCACACAUCCUAUGUAAGGUUGAGAGCCAUUUGAGUGACUCCACCAACCAUAUGAGUGAGAGCAUCUUACCUGGAGUGAGUGAGCCACAACAAGUAGUGAGUGAGGUAGUUGAGACGGCACGUGAGGCCACUAUGAUUUCUAACGACUUAACCUCGACUCCGAGUGUGUUUUGUUCUUUGGUGCCAGGUCUCCUACAUGACGACAUGCCUACCCUCGACGAGUCCAUACCUCCAACGACGACGACGAUGGCCAUGGUGGAUGAUGAUGCACCCCCCACAUGGUUCCAUCACGACACCUCACCUACACCACAUGAGUGGAGCUCCAAAGGUAACAUAGGUGAUGGUGCUUCUCUUGUCCCACUAGUGGACUAUCUUACCAAUGAUUGCUUGCAUGAUGUUGACACUAGCGUGGCUCGGGGGUGCUUCUCUUGCACUACAUUACCAUGCUUGGUGCUAGUGCGACUUCCUCAUGUCAUGACUUACCAACUUAUGAUGAAUAUAAUGAUGAUCAUGUUGAGUUGCCUAGUUGUGAUGCUAUGCUCCAUAGGAUAUCAUGUGAAAAUUCUUUCGGUCACAUCAUGUUCGACAACCCCUUAAACUUGUCAUAUGCUAUGAGUGAGAUCUCCCAUAUUGCAUCAUUACAAUCUCAACAGAAUAACUAUGCAUGCCCCAUUAAAAUAAAUUCCAUUUGCACUUAUGGCAUAGAUGACAAGAUAAUGGUUAUUGAUUUUGCUUCUCUUGCGAUGAUAUUACUAUGCUACCCUUGCAAAAUGUGUGCAAUUCAUCACAUGUGCCAUGCCAUGAACACAUUGCUUUGGAUAUGCAUUGUUUUGGAUGUUGUCAAUAUUCUCCAUGUGAUGCUUCCAUUAAUGCUCAUGAGGAGACCCCCAUAGUUUCCUCAUACAUAUUAGGAGAUUUUGAUGCAUUCCAUACUUCGCAUGAUUCCCAUAAUUGCGUGCAACAUAUGCAUUCCAUGAAUAACAAUGCUCUACAUAUUUCUCGGCAUGCAUUCACAAUUUGCGUCUCCAUUAUGCUAUACAUACUAACAAACCUCUCAUGAUGGAUGACAUGUUUCUAUAUCACGCAUCUCAUUUAUUUGAGCAUUGGCUAUUUUGUGCUAACCAACACAUGCACGUGCACAUCAUAAUGGAUGAUGUGUACAUAUACCACGCGCACACAAUUUUCCCUUUGCUUUUGUUUUGUGUAGGUACUCGCAUAUACUCGUCAACCUCUCAAUCCCAAGAGUUGACUAAACGAGCUCUUGAGAGCAACGAUGACUUGGGAUCACGUGGACUAUCCUUACCACCGUUCCCUUCACGCAAUGACUACGCGCAUCUCUUCUACUUGGCUCUCACACGGCUAUGGGCUAUAUACCAAUUGUCAUUUUAUAUCCAUUUUUCCGUGUUCACUUUGCAUGUUAUGCCUCUUUAUAUGCAUUUGCCAUGCAAUUGUGACCCUUGCUUGCACUCACAUGUGAUUCACCAUUAUGCUACUUCUAUGUGUAUUUGCAUGCUUGGUGGAGAUACUUGUUGCUAUUGCCAUGUUAUAUACAUGCUUUAUGCUAUUGUUGCUUGUUGUGUUGGGAGAGUCAUGAUGUCCCAUUGCUAUUUACAUAUGGCCUCUCGCCAAUACAUUGAUGAUCUCUUGCUCAUAUCUUGUUUUCAUGCUUGUGAUAUGCUAUGUGCAUUAUUCAUGACCACUAUUUGCACACAUGACAUGCUUGCCAUGAUUCCUUCUAGUACGUUGCAUCUUCGCACUACUAGCUUGCUUGACUUGAUCACUAUGAUUACUUGCUUCGUUCCAUUCUUACUCGCUUUCUUGGGUUGAUAGCAUACGUUCAUGCCUCUCACAUCGUUUAUAUUGAUCAUUGUCACUUGUCUCCCUUAGUUGCAUCUCUCAUAUCAUCUUGUAUUGAGUACCAACUUGCUAUGCUUAUUGAUCGUGGAGACUUGGACACAUUACUUGUGAAGCAUGUUUGCUUAUUUGAGCUUAAUGCCUUUGGUUGUGCUAGCAUCUUAUGCCUACAUACAAUGCCCUACAACCUUGUACUUUCUUAUGAUAAGAAUGAUGAAAACACUUGUUGGGUAUCUCACCACUCGAAUGAUAGGUGUUGCAUUUGCAUUAACCUCAUUUGUUGUUCCGAGUGUUUGUCAUGUUCUUUCAUUUUGAAGGAUUCACAAGGCGGUACCAUCACGAGACAUAUUGGUUAUGUGAAGACAUACAAGAUGCGCACCUCCAACAUCCUUGAGAAACUCCUAAAGGUGACCUCCUUUCCUUUGAGCCAUCCUCACAUAUGCAUAUUGGAUGGGUCACUCUUUCAUUGUCGUUUCUUUCUUCUUGUCUACAUGAUACAUCUAUUGAAUGGAGGACCGACAUUGGAGAUGAACCCUAUGGACCUUCAAGUUGCGAAGUACCACGACAUUGAGCUAUGGUACAACACCACCCAUAACAAAUUGGCAUCUUAUGCAUGGAUUGACUCACAUUAUGAUUGCCUUGUUACAUCUUGCAUUUCCAUGUCAUCCAUGAUAUAUGAGCUUGUGGAUUUCCUUGGCAAAUUGGUUGUGAUCUUUCUUGAUGGCAUAUUCAUACAUAAUGUUCACAUUACCUAUCAUCAAUUGCAUGAUCACAUAGUCACAUCGAGCACCAAUUAUUAUGUUCAUGCUUUUGAUACACCAUCCCAUUAUGACACCAUUUUGCACAAUGGUUGCCUUGAUCACAUUCACAACACCUUUGUAUGCACAAUGAAUGAAUUUGCUCCCAUGAAUGCAUUACAUAUCAUUAUACAUCUUUUGGAUAAGCAUCAUGUGUCUUGCCACGCACAAUCUUUUCGAGCGGACUCAUACUUCCUUGAUGGACGCAUUGUGCGUGCUGUUAGAGUUAUAAUAUAAGUCAUGUAUACCCCUUUGUAUUUAUCCCGUAGUAUAAGGGGUUUCCUGCAUAUGUACCACACCUGUACAUGUAUAUAUAUCGGCCUAUGGCCUCAUGGGAAUACAAGUUGCUUAUUCCUAACAUGGUAUUAGAGCCCUAGGGUUUCUUUUCGCACGCCGCAACUCGUGCUCGAUCCCGUCGUGACGGUCGCCGCUCCCGCCUGCUCGUGGUCUCCCGCACGCCCCGGUCUCACACGCUGCUCCCUCUGCUCGCCGGCUGGAGGUCAACUCCCCUACCGCUGGUCUUCCCCGUCGGUCGUGGAUCGAAGGGCCCUGCCGUCGUUCUUCACCAAGCCACGGGCUGCUGGUCUGCGCCGCCUCUCCUCAGAUCCCGCCAGCUGGUCCUGUUUCCCCGAGCACAUCAGGAGUCCCGCGUCGCUCCGCGCCUCACAUCAGAUCCCGCCAGCCUUCCUUCGCUCCGGUCGUGCGUGCGUCGCUGGGAGCCCCGAGCCGCUGUGCUCGUUCGUCUGCGUGGUCGUGGUCUCCUCGUUCGGUGGCUCGCUCGGCAGAUCGGGCAGCGCCGCUGUCUGGUGCUCUGCUGAUUUCGGGCUGAUUUCUGCUACCAAAAAAAAAGAACAAAAAAAAAAUGUCUGCUGCAUCGGGCUAUGUUGCUGUCCCUCGCUGUCCGGUG